AUGGGAGCAGUGUCAGAGAUGGAGGUGCUGAUGAUUUCAUUGUUUGAAGACAGCCACAGCCAAAGCCCUCUGCCAGAGGAGUGUAGGUUUUAUGACAGCGACUUCCACAAGAGCGAGGUAAUCCUGGUGCAGGUGAACCCAGGUGAGGCCUUCACAAUUCGACGAGAAGAUGGUCAGUUUCAGUGUAUCACAGGUCCUGCUCAGGUUCCCAUGAUGUCUCCAAAUGGUUCAGUGCCUCCAAUUUAUGUGCCUCCUGGAUAUGUUUCACAGAUCAUAGAAGAGAAUGGAGUGCGACGGGUUCUGGUUUUACCUCAGCAACCAGACUUCCACCCAGGGGGGCAUUCCCCGCUCCACCAUCCUCCACCUCCACCCCAUGCACACCUUCCUGCCUUCAUCCCGCACCCGGCCAUGAUGCCCCAUCCACCUCACCUGUUUACAGGCAUGGCAGGGGGUGUGGGCGACCUGAGCUCCCAGUACAUCCCUCAGUACCAUCCAGCUCACAUGUUCUCAGAGCAGGAUUCUCACUCCCAACAUGGCCGCCCAUCGUUUGUCCAUAGAGACGAUAGAGCUAGCAAAACACACGAACGCCUGCAGAAGAAACUGAAAGAGCGUCAGGGAUUUGGAGGAGGAGGAGGAGGAGGAGGAGGAGGACAGGUGAAGGACAGCCCUCCCUCAUCGCCUCAGAAGACCUGCGGCAGUCCCCCAGCCGCAGACGUCCACAACGGGAUUAGUGGGAAAGGGCUGGAGGCGGAGCAGAGUCAGGCAGUAGCCAGCUCUGAUAAGCAGAGUGGAAAGGCAGAGUCAAAGGAGCUUGAUAAGGAAGCUCAGGCCCUGCUGGAACUGUUGAGCAGCAUCAGUAAACCGACGGUGUCAGACAUCGAGGCCAGAGGAGCAGCGGUCAGCUGGAGUGUUCCCUCUAAGCCCGAGAAAGAAAACGGCAGCACUGAGGACGACUGUAGCCCCACGGAGCCCCUCAGCUACGAGGUCUCCGUUUCAGUCAGUGGCAAAGAUGGGAAAUACCAGAGCAUGUACAGUGGGGAGGAAUUAAAUGCAACUUUAGAGGGCCUUCGACCAGCGACGGACUAUCAUGUCAGGGUCCAGGCUAUAUGUAACUGUUUACUGGGAAACCCGUCAGAGGCCGUGAGCUUCACCACUCUGAGCUGUGAGCCAGAUCCUCCCAAUCCUCCCCGGAAAGCCAGUGGGACCAAGAACACACUCGUACUGCAGUGGAAGGCUCCAUGUGACAACGGCUCCAAAGUUCAAAACUACAUUCUGCAGUGGGACGAGGGGAAGGGCACAGGUGUUUAUGAACAGUGCUACUAUGGACCUCAGAAGCAGUACAGAGUGACCAAGCUCACUCCGGCCUCCAGAUACUGCUUCCGCCUCGCAGCCAAAAACGACAUGGGCGUCAGCGAGUUCAGUGAAGUGGUGGACCUGUUCACCUCAUGCAGUGUGCCAUUGCCACCCUUCCCUCCAGAGCUGGAGAUGGCAGGGGGAUAUGGCUUCCAGCCAAGCUACGACGGUGAUGAACUCUCCUGCACAGUCAGGAACCUCCACAGGAGUACCAAAUACAAGUUCAGGGUGGCAGCAUACAACUCAGAAGGGAAGAGCAACCCCAGUCAGGUGGUGGAGUUCAUUACGAAGCCAGACAGGCCCACCAGUCCCUGCAGACCCGUCAUCAGAGGAAGAGUCCUGCCCAACAGCUUCAGAAUGGCCUGGGAGCCCCCUAAAGAUAACGGUGGAGCCGAAGUCACAAAGUAUGUUGUGGAGCUGUCCGAGGGGUUAAGUGGGGUUUCCUGGGGGCUGGUGUAUUCGGGGCCGGCUCUGGAGCAUCUCUGUGAGGGUUUAAAGCCUGGCUGCUCCUACCAAACACGAGUUUACUGCAUGAGCGAGGGGGGGCAAAGCCCGCUGUCGGAGACCCUGCAGGUCCAGACUCCCCCAGUGCCCCCGGGGCCCUGCCAGCCCCCUCGACUGGUGGGCAAACCCAAAGCCAGGGAGGUGCAACUGCGCUGGGUUCCCCCUCAAAUCGACGGUGGAAGCCCGGUGUCGUGCUACAGCGUAGAAGUGAGUGGGCCACAAUCUGAGGAGGGCAGGGAGGUCUACCAGGGGCCGGAGCUGGACUGCUCCGUGGGAGGAUUAAUGCCCGGCAAAACCUACGGCUUCCGGCUGAAGGCAGCGAACAAGGCUGGGUUCGGACCUCUUUCGGAGCGCUGUGAUGUCACCACCGGCCCCGGAGCCCCCGAGCAGUGCAGGGCCCCUUCAACAACCUGCAAAUCACCCAGCUGUGUGGUUGUGAGCUGGGAGGCACCUCCUUGCAACGGAGCCCCAGUGACAGAAUACCGUCUUGAGUGGGGAGCAGCCGAGGGCAGCAUGCAGGUGUGUUACAGCGGGCCCGGACUCAGCCACGAGCUGAAGGGGCUCCUGCCCGCCACCAGCUACUUCUGCCGGGUGCAGGCCGUGAACGUGGCCGGAGUUGGGCCCUUCAGCGAGGCGGUUCUGUGCCAGACUCCCUGUUCUGCCCCGGCGGCCAUCAGCAGCCUCUACGUGCUGAAGGAGUCCGAGCUGCAGAGGUUCGAGGCUCCGGCGGAUGACGAUGAGGAGGAGGAAGAGGACGGCGUCUCCCUCCCCCCCCCUGUCUACUCUCCCUCCACCUGCCUGGGCAUCUGCUGGGACCCUCCCUGUGACCACGGCUCGGAGAUCACCUCCUACCUGAUUGACGUUGGAGAGAAACAGCCCAUCGUUAUCGGCCCCGUCACCAAACACAUCAUCCAGAAUCUGCAGCCCGACACCAGCUACAGGAUCCGAAUCCAAGCCCAGAACAGCCUGGGCACAGGACCCUUUAGUCACACCUUUAAGCUGAAGACAAAGCCCCUCCCCCCACAGCCCCCCCGCCUGGAGUGCACCGCCUUCAGCCACCAGACCCUCAGGCUCAAGUGGGGCGACGGCCCAACCAAAGCUGCCUCCUCAGACGCCCUCCAGUAUCAGCUGCAGAUGGGGGACAAGACGGGCAGAUUUACAUCCUUGUACAAAGGACCAUGCCACACACACAAAGUCCAGAGGCUUAAUGAGUCUACCUCUUACACGUUCCGCAUCCAGGCCUUUAAUGAGGCGGGCGAAGGGCCCUUCUCCAAUGUUUACACGUUCACCACCCCGCGCUCUCCUCCUGCCCCCGUCAAAGCUCCUAAAGUCGAGCGUCUGGACGACAACUCCUGCGAAGUCACAUGGGAGGCCCUCCCGCCCAUGAAGGGAGACCCAGUGAUCUACACGCUGCAGUGCAUGAUGGGGAAUUCGGAGUUCAAACAGGCCUACAAAGGCCCGGCCACGUCCUUCCACUCUCAGAACCUGCAGCCCAGCAGCGACCACCGCUUCAGGGUCUGCGCCAUCCGCCAGUGCCAGGACGCCAGCGAGCUGAGCGGGCCCUACAGCCCCACCGUGACGCUCCCCCCCCCCCAGCGCGGCGACGCCGUAACGGCGGCGGCCUCCGGGGCCCGGGGCGGCGGGGGCGAGUCCGGCCGGAGCCGGCAGAGCCUGACGGACGAGCAGUGCGCCUUCCUCCUCCUCAUGGUGUUCGCCGUCAUCGCCAUCCUCAUCGCGUUCGUCAUCCAGUACUUCGUCAUUAAAUGA